AUGGUACCUUGCAAUUAUACACAAGUUACAGAAUUUCUUCUACUGGGAUUAUCAUGGGAGCCAGAAUUACAGCCCCUCAUCUUUGGGCUUUUCCUGUCCAUGUACUUGAUUGCUCUCUUGGGGAACCUGCUCAUCAUCUUGGCCAUCAGCUCAGACCCCCACCUCCACACGCCCAUGUAUUUCUUCCUCUCCAACCUGUCCUUGGUGGACAUCUGCUUCAUCUCCACCACCGUCCCCAAGAUGCUGCAGAAUAUCCAGACGCACAGCAAAGCCAUCAGCUAUGAGGGCUGCAUCACUCAGCUAUAUUGUGCCUUGCUCUUCGCAGGAGUGGAUGACAUUCUCCUGACCGUGAUGGCCUAUGACCGCUUCGUGGCCAUCUGUCACCCCCUACACUAUACAGUUGUCAUGAACCCUCGGCUCUGUCUACUGCUGGUCCUGGGCUCCUGGAUCACGAGUGUCCUAAAUUCCUUAUUACACUGCUUAAUGGUGCUGCGUCUGUCCUUCUGUCCAGAGUUAGUAAUUCCCCACUUUUUCUGUGAACUUGAUCAGAUGGUCCAGCUUGCCUGCUCUGACACCUUUGUCAAUAAAAUACUGAUAUAUUUUGACGCUGGGAUCAUGGGUGGUGGACCCUUGGCUGGGAUCCUCUAUUCUUACUCAAAGAUUGUCUCUUCCAUCCGGAGAAUCUCCUCAGCUCAGGGGAAGUACAAAGCAUUUUCCACCUGUGUGUCUCACCUGUCUAUUGUCUCCUUAUUUUAUUGUACAGUCCUAGGAGUGUAUCUUAGCUCUGCUGCUACCCAUGAAUCAAAGUCAAGUUCAAUUGCCUCAGUGAUGUACAUGGUGGUCACCCCCAUGCUGAACCCCUUCAUCUACAGUCUCAGGAACAAGGACAUUAAGGGGGCACUGAAAAAAUUGGCGGGCUUAUCGACCUUGCUUCAG